GAAUCACGUGGCAUUAAACCAUUGCAGAGGAACCAAUUCUCUCUCUGUCCCUCUCUUCCCACCAUCAUCUCCACUGCUGUCUCUCUCUAGUCUCUAUACACACAAUCUGCAGCUAAAUUGCGAAAUUCAAACAGCAUACGAUCACAAACCCUAGCCCAUGGCGACUCGCCAUCUCCUCAACCUCUCUCGCUGCUCUCGAAAACCGUCAGUAUCACUUACUCCGCCCUUUCUCACCCAACCCUCCCGAUCCGCCUCCCAAGCUCUCGCCACCGCCGAUGCUCCCGCCGCACCGCCGUCUCCGCCUCCCCCUGACGCCAUGAUCUACGACCGCCUCGCCGGAUCCGUCAAAUCAAAGGUCAAACGCCUCGAGAACCCCGACCAUCGGUUCCUCCGGUACGCCUCACCGAAGCCCGUCCUCGCCGAUCACACAUCCAUACUGUCAUCACCCCAGACUCGAAUUACUACUCUCCCGAACGGCCUCCGAGUCGCCACCGAGUCCAAUCUCGCCGGCCACACCGCCACCGUCGGGGUCUGGAUCGACGCCGGGAGUCGGUUUGAGACCGACGACACCAAUGGGGUGGCGCAUUUUCUGGAGCACAUGAUUUUUAAGGGGACUGAGAAGAGGCCGGUUAGGGUUUUGGAGGAGGAAAUUGAGAACAUGGGAGGGCAUUUGAACGCGUACACUUCGAGGGAACAGACGACCUAUUACGCCAAGGUCAUGGACAAGGAUGCGCCGAAGGCGCUUGACAUUCUUGCGGAUAUAUUGCAGAAUUCUGUGUUUGAGGAGGAUCGAAUUAAUCGUGAGCGCAACGUGAUUCUUCGAGAAAUGGAAGAGGUGGAAGGGCAUGCCGAGGAAGUAAUAUUUGACCAUUUACAUGCUACUGCAUUCCAGCACACACCUUUGGGUAGAACCAUUCUUGGACCAGCUGGCAACAUCAAGACAAUUACAAAAGAACAUAUUCAAAAUUACAUUUCAACACACUAUGCCGCUCAUAGAAUGGUAAUUUCUGCUGCUGGAGCUGUUAACCAUGAAGAUAUUGUUGAGCAAGUGAAGAAGCUCUUUACGAAGCUAUCAGCUAAUCCCAUCACUACAUCUCAGUUGGUUAAAGAUGAACCCGCAAUAUUCACUGGUUCUGAGGUUCGGAUCCAAGAUGAUGACCUUCCUCUUGCUCAGUUUGCGGUUGCAUUUAAUGGAGCAUCAUGGACAGAUCCAGAUUCCGUAGCCCUAAUGGUCAUGCAAUCUAUGCUGGGUGCAUGGGACAAAAAAGCAGGGGGAGGGAAACAUGCGGGUCCAGAGCUUGUACAGAGGGUGGCCAUCAAUGAAAUAGCUGAGAGCAUGAUGGCUUUUAACACCAACUAUAAAGACACAGGCCUAUUCGGUGUCUACGCUGUUGCCAAGCCGGACUGUUUGGAUGAUUUAGCUUUUGCAAUAAUGUAUGAGCUAAGUAAGUUAUGUUACCGAGUUUCAGAAGAUGAUGUUACUCGUGCUCGUAAUCAGCUUAAAUCUACAUUGCUUCUCAACAUUGACGGAACCAGCCCUGUAGCUGAAGACAUUGGACGUCAGCUACUUACAUAUGGCCGACGUAUCUCGUUCGCUGAAUUAUUUGCCAGGAUUGAUGCUGUCAAUGCCAGCACCAUCAAACGUGUUGCAAACCGUUUUAUAUUUGACCAGGACAUUGCAAUUGCAGCCAGGGGACCGAUUGUGCUUUUACCUGACUAUAACUGGUUCCGACGUAGAACUUACUGGCUGCGUUUCUAAACUCAUUCUCUUUACCCUUUCCACCUCAUUUUUCAAUAUAUUCCAGCGGAGGAGAUUAUUUUCCUUGAGAACCCGUUCCUGGGUGAAAAACUAUUCUUGAUCUUCAGAAACACGGCUUCCUCCAAGAAGAAUAAGAUGCACUUUUGAAAUUUUCUUCCUCUGUAUAAUUUUAACGUGUAUAUACAUUCGCAAGCUUGGGGUCAAUGACAAAGGAAGAGGACUAAUAAGGCCUUUUUGUUAUCCUACUCAAACUUUGUUGGGUCAAAUUUCCAACUUAUAUAUUUUUCUCUUUCAGUUUAUAGAUAAAUAACAAAUAUGCUGAACUCUGUGAUGACUA